AUGGCCAAUCUGGAGAUGUCACAGGAAGAAGGGAAUGUCACUGACAGUUGCCAGGACCUGUUCACCCUGCCAAAGAGCUAUGAAUUGGCCCAUUACAAAGAUAGGAAUGUGGGAGCAUCACGAGGGAUUGCUACGGUCUUCAGGAGGAAGUUUGGAAGAUUGGAUGAGCUGAACCUCCAGAAUCCAACAGUGGGAAAAGCACUUUAUCUUCAGGAUCAGAAACAACAUCUGUUCUAUUUGGUGACAAAGAACCAACCCCAGGAAGAAUCCACAUAUCAGGCUUUGUGGCUAAGUCUAAUGCUCCUACAGACUCAUCUCCAAUUCAUGGGAGUGGAGAGACUUGGGAUCAACAGACUCAGCUAUGGCUACAAUGGAUUGGACUAG